UCGAGCAUCGCGCGCUUCGUGAGAGAAUCCGAGAGUCUUUGCCAUCUCCCUCAUUCUUUACUGAACGCGGAGGCAAGAAGAGGAAGAAGAAGUAGAAGCAGGAUAAUCAAGGAAGCGAGCGGGAAACGAAAAAUUUCCAACUCUCUUUUUCUCUCUCUCUUUCUCUCUCUCUCUCUCCAACUCCUUUAUCCCGUGACAAUCCGACGGGUCCAUAAGCGUGAGAGAUAGAAGCACAAUCAGAGGACAUCUCCCUCCUUCUCGAGUGCAACCCUCCUCCUCCCACCCGCCUUGUGAAUUGCGCGCGAACAGCAUCGCAGGAUGGCAUCGUCCACGGUGGCUGUUCCGUCGGGAGCUACCUCGGUGCCGACGGUGACAAACGGCAGUGGCGGCGGUGGUGGCAGCAGCGGUGGUGGUGGUGGUAGCAGCAGCAGUGACAGCAGUAGCAACGGUGGCAUCGUCGUCGCGGCUGGCACCGAGGAGAUCGACGGCAGCGAUAUAUUUGGCGAGCGGAACAACGUCAAUUCCGUCAGUGGCUACAACAACAGCGGGAACCCCGGUGAUGCCCUGGAGGAGAUGACGUGUGGUAAUGGAGAGGCCAAUAAUCAGGGCUGUGCCCUGUGUAUGAGCAAGCUGUGCUCCCCCAGAGUACUCUCCUGCCUACAUGUGUUUUGUGAGGCAUGCCUGGACAAGCUGCUUAUGGACGAAGCUGGGGAUUCCAAGGUGGGCUCUGUUAUAAGCUGCCCUGUAUGCCAUCAAGAGACUUCCGUUAGUUCUAAGGGCGCCGCGUCGCUCACGUGUGACUAUGUUCUCACCAAUAUAUUGGAUAUGUCCGCUAUCGAGAACAUGGCAGUACUAUGUACCUCCUGCAAGGCCAAAGAGAGCGCCGUGGCGCGUUGCUCGGAUUGCGCCAAUUUUCUGUGCCCAAAUUGUAACACGGCGCAUCAAUUCAUGCGCUGCUUCGAGCAUCAUAAAGUAGUUGCCUUUGAAGAUUUGAAGCAAUCCAACGAAGCUAUCCCAAUACACAAGCCAAUCUUUUGCGAAUGCCAUCCUGCUGAAAAUAUGAAGUUUUACUGUCAUACAUGCCAGGAACCUAUUUGCAAUGAGUGUUUGCUUGUGGAACACAAAGCACCAGAGCAUCAAUAUGAACGACUGACAGAUGCAGAACCACGACAAAAAGAAGAAAUAAUUAACCUGAUGACUGAAAGUAAAGUAAAAAUGACUGAAUGCGAUCAAGUUACAGUACAACUGGAAAAUGCACUUAGUGAGCUGCAAGUACAACACGAUCAAGCAAAAGAUUUAAUUAUGGAAACUUUUCAAAGUUACAAGGCCAUACUAGAGAAAUGUAAAGACAAUGCUUUAAGUGAACUCGAAAAAUUGCAUUCAAACAGAGAACUUGAAAUUAUGGAUGCUUUUCAUAGUGUUGAAAAGACUGCAGAAAAAAUAGAAGACGCUUGUCGUUUUACCUCAAGAUUGCUAGAACAUGGCGAUGCAGUGGAAAUCUUAGCACUUCGGCGUAUUGUAGGAGUGCAAUUGAUGAACUUAAUAAAAAAUACACCAAAACAUAAUGUAACAUUCUCUAUUGAAUUUCAAACCGAUUAUAAUCAAUUUGAGAAAACUGUAAAGGAAGUAUUUGGAAAAUUUCAUACUGAAAGUACACUAGAAGUGAAACCUCAUCCCGAACCAAUCUCAACAAUAUCGGGUGUCUCUACAAAUCAACAAAUAGUUCAUACCACUUCAAUGGGUUGUCCAAGUUCUAUUAGCACAAGCUCUCCCAUUUCACUUCCCACAUCUAUGCAAUCCUCUUUUGAAGGUGAACCUUCAUUCAUUAUUCCACCGACUUCAAGUCCUCAAAAUAUUCCACCUCCUCCACCACCUGUACCUCUUCCACCAGGUCCGGUUCCUAUUCAUGGAUUCACUAGCAUUCAAGAAUAUAAUCUUCAGCAGUUGGCCAGUUUAGCAGAGAAAGUAGAAAUGGUAGGCGAUACUGGUGUAGUUGGACCUAGUUCGAAUCCUAGUCCAACUCCGUCCUUUACUUUGGCAGAUUUAUUUGCUGGAGAUCUAAGUUCUACGAGCCAUGCCAUUAAUAAUCUACAAGCUCUUGCGAAAUUAGGAAAUACUCUUGGUAAUCAAGAUCUUGGAAAUACCACCAUUAAUGGUGGUGGUGGAUUAGUAUUGGGACGUGGACCUUCACCAGCCAUUGUAGAUACCCCAAAUUUGGGUCCUUUGGCUGCCAAUAGUCUAUUAAAUGGAGGAUUUCAAUCAUUGUCCUCUUCCACUUCGCCGAUACUUUCACAGGGUGCUGAUGACUUAAUAGGUGAUUCUAUGCAUAAUAUGCCUGUAGUAGGAAAUACUGUUGCCAAUCACGUAACUGGAUCAGGAACAGGGAAUUAUCCUGCUCAUCCAAGAACCCAGAAUACAAAAUUAACGCCUAUGCAUAUCCGAAGCAAGUUUGGACAAUUAGGUCCCAGUAAAGGGCAAUUUAAUUCGCCCCAUGGAUUUUGUCUGGGGACUGAUGAGGAUAUUAUCGUUGCAGAUACAAAUAAUCAUAGAAUUCAGAUUUUUGAUAAGACUGGUACCUUCAAAUUUCAAUUUGGUGUUCCUGGUAAAGAAGAGGGACAAUUAUGGUAUCCUAGGAAAGUAGCCGUUAUGAGAAAUAAUGGCAAAUUUGUUGUAUGUGAUCGUGGAAAUGAACGAUCUCGAAUGCAGAUAUUUACAAAGAAUGGCCACUUUAUAAAGAAGAUCGCUAUUCGUUACAUCGAUAUCGUAGCUGGCCUAGCUGUUACCAGUCAAGGUCAUAUUGUGGCUGUUGACAGUGUGUCGCCAACUGUGUUCGUAAUCAGUGAUACAGGAGAUCUUUUGAGGUGGUUUGAUUGUAGUGACUAUAUGAGAGAACCAAGUGAUAUUGCUAUUAGUGGCAAAGAAUAUUUUGUUUGCGACUUUAAAGGACAUUGUGUUGUGGUGUUCAACGAAGAGGGUAAAUUCCUGCGUCGCAUUGGCUGUGAGAAUGUAACAAACUUCCCGAACGGGAUUGAUAUUAGUGAUGCAGGAGAUGUAUUAAUUGGGGAUUCACAUGGUAAUCGUUUCCAUGUAGCUGUCUUCUCCAGAGCGGGCUCUUUAAUAUCAGAGUUUGAAUGUCCAUAUGUGAAGGUGUCUCGGUGUUGUGGAUUGAAAAUAACUUCGGAAGGAUAUAUUGUAACACUGGCCAAAAACAACCACCAUGUCCUUGUUUUAAACACUCUUUAUAUAUUGUGAAGUGGCAUCAGAUGAGUAAGUAUGUUAUAACUUCCUUCUGCAAAUGGAAACUUCUUUGGAAACUGCUCUCAACGAAAGAUGGAAAAGGCAUGCCCAAGGCAUUACGUUCGAAUAUUGGGCCUAUCAAAGCAAUAGAAACAAGUGCAGCAUGCAGCUUUAAUAGUUGUAAAAAUAUAAUGCGUCCCCGUUUUAUGAAAGUAACAAUGUUGAAAACAAAAAAAAAGCAGAAAGGUAAUGUACGUCUCCGACCAAACAGUAUAAUAGUAACUUAGCAAUUUGCAUUUUGGUAAACUGCCAAAGUAAAUUAAAUUAACUAAGUGGAACCAGUUAUAAAGAGAGAAGCAGUUAGCUAUAUCAACCAAUAAGCAACCAACCAACGAGUUGGAUCGCUUGUAGUAGAGAAAGCAAUUUAUAAUGGCCU